CAUAGACUGUCUCAGUGUCAAUCGGACCGUCCGAUGGUACGAUCGAGUAAAUACAACGAGGACGAAAGUUACCUCACAAAUUCUUAUUUGCCUGAUCUACUUCAAAACAAAUGCAGUUGCCGGCAUUAGAUCAUCAAGAGUAAAUUCUUAUGUUAUGACCACGUGAUUAUCGAGAACGUUCUUGUCCUUAAUUCUUGGAGGAGUCACGAAGUAAAUAAUGUCAGUUCCAGUAGGUAACGGAUCUCACACGUCUUAGUACUUAGCAAUCUAUUUGCCCGAUUUUCCAAUUGACAUUCGCGUUGUACAUACAUAUGUACAUACGUAACGCUUUACUUGCGACUGUUUUCGACGUCAUAUAGAGAUAGAUGAACGCAAGGAUAACUUGAGCUCAAACAAUGGCUACCAGGCCGGGAUGAGCGAUACUUCAAGGACAUUAAUUUUACCAUUGCCAAGAAGUAAAAUAGAAAGGAAAGAGAGAGCUGCUGAUGAUAUGAAUGACUCGAAUAUAACCACGCCUAUCUCGGCUAAACGUAAAGCGACGACCUCUUUGCUGUUGACACGAUGGUUAGGAUCAAAGAGUCCUUCUUCACAGGAUAUCGAAAGUGGUGAUAAUUGGUCGUUGGAACGAUCGAUGGAUUAUGGAACACCACCACCCGUAGAAGAACCACAUUGUUACUCAAUGUGUAUCAGUGAAAGUUCUUGCACCGAGGAAACCAAUUAUUCUUUGCAAGUUAACAAAGACAUUAUAAGAAAUCUAUUGAUCGAGCAUACCAGACAAAUAGGUAGUAAGAUACAAAUAUUGGAAGAUCUUGAAUUGGGAAGGAUCGACGUUGAUAAUAAAGAAAAGAUUAUUAAUAGUUAUAAACAGGAAGAGAUUGAUACGUUAUUAUUACACGCUUGUUUUCUCGGUCGUGUGGAUUACAUAAUUGGCCUUGAAAAAUGCGGAGCUAAUGUGAAUACAUCCGAACAAGAACAAAAUCUAACGCCGUUGCAUCUUUGCGCGUUUAGUAAUUCGUUAAUCGGUCUAGAAUAUUUGAUCGGCCAUGGAGCCAACAUAAAUUGCGGUAAGGGCCACACCCCAUUUCAUUAUGCGGCUUUUGGUAAUUCCUACGAGGUAGCACGGUAUUUCUUACAGAAAAAUAUCACCGAGGAAUCGUUACACUCGGAAGAGACCGUACUUCAUGUAGCGGCACGUAGUAAUGCUUUGGAAGUGUUAAAGCUAUUGGCACCAAAUAAUAUUUCAUUAAAUCGAUUGGAUGUUAAUGGAUUUGCACCUAUACAUUACGUUGCCGAUAAAGGUGAUCCGGCAUGUUUGAAGAUACUUUUACAAGCUGCUUGUCAAGUUGAUCUAUCAAGCAAAAAAGGUGAUACCGCGUUACAUAUCGCUGCCGAAGCCGGAUGUCUCGAAAAUGUUGAUCUAUUAUUGGAAAAUGAUGCAAACGUUAAUUUGAAGAAUAACAGAGGACAGACCGCAUUACAUUUGGCAGCUCGUUCUCAUUGUUUAGACUGCGUUGAACUUUUAUUAAGGAAAGGUCAUAGCGAUCCAAACGACGAGGAUAUAGACGGUAGAACGCCCCUUCACUUAGCUUUGGGUAGAUCAUUGUUGGCUUACGACGUUACUGAAACUCUUAUCAUUUGGAGGGCAAAUGUUAAUAAGGUCGAUAAAUAUGGUUAUACGCCACUUCACGUCGCUGCUUUGAACGAGUUAUCGCAAUGCGUUGAUAUACUGAUACAACAUAAUGGUGAUCUCAGUGCAAGAACGAAGGGGGGUACCAGUGCAUUGUCAAUAAUACUACGUAAAACCCCAACAUCCUUGGACGUAUUUAAGCAAAGAUUAGACGCCUCGAUUACUCUUCAUCAGCAUAGAUCAGCCGCCGGUGAGAUCGAAUUGAGACUUGAUUUUCAUCCCCUUUUGCAACAUCAACAAAAAGGGGAGAUCGGUUAUUUAGGUACCUUCGUCAAGGAAGGUUACAAAGAAAUACUCGAACAUCCCCUUUGUCAAUCAUUUCUUCAUCUUAAAUGGCAAAAGAUCAAAAAAUAUUACAUCGGUAGAUUAUUGUUUUACUUACUUUAUGUUCUCGUCCUUACCGCUUGGGUAAUAACUGCUCUUGCACAUAAUUGUUAUAACGAGUCCCAUGGACAGGUAGAUGAUCCUAGUACAACACUUUGCGCUAAUACCACAGGUCUAAAUGGCUUUCUCUAUAGGCAUCCUGUAGUGUUAGAGGUCGAAUGGUAUGCCUUGGUAGUUCUUACCGUAUUAGAAGCUCUUAGAAAGUUAACAGGUAUCUUGACUUACCUAUCGGUCAAACAAUUCUUCACUCAGGCCGAGAAUAUGGUCGAAUGGUGUGUGAUAUUAAGUGUAUUUGCCACGUCCUUCGUUUAUACAGGUAGAACAUAUACGUGGCAGAGUCACGUAGGUGCUUUCGCUGUAUUAUGCGGCUGGAGUAACCUCAUGUUAAUGAUAGGACAACUUCCUAUGUUUGGUGCCUACGUAGCUAUGUUUACAAGCGUUCAAGCACAAGUAUUUAAACUCUUAUUAGCUUAUGCCUGUUUACUCGUUGGCUUUACCGCCAGUUUCUGCGUUAUAUUUCCACGAUCGAAAUCAUUCAGCAGUCCUCAUACUGGUUUAAUAAAAGUUCUCGUCAUGAUGACAGGUGAGUUAGACUUUGAGGAUUUAUUUUUCCCUGGUGAGGAGGAAGGUGGUAAAUCAGUAGACGUAAGUGGCACCUCAUGGAUUUUACUUCAAGUUUCUGCACAAUUAUCAUUCGUAUUAUUCCUUUUAUUUGUCACUAUAGUAUUGAUGAAUUUGCUCGUAGGUAUAGCGGUUCAUGAUAUUAAAGGUCUUCAAAAGACGGCAGGUCUUGCUAAGUUGGUACGACAAACGAAACUUAUUUGUGACGUUGAGAGGGCUCUAUUUCUUGGGCUAUUGCCAAAUAAAUUGACGAAACUUUUAUGGUGGACGGCUGUGGUAUUGCCGUCACCAUUACGUGCUAUCCUUACAGUUAGGCCAUUGAAUCCUAGAGAAACAAGAUUACCUCGUGAUGUUUUGACGGCCGCUCACAAGGUUGCCAAAGAUAGGAAAUUUGCAAGCGGUACCUUGACCAGUAAAAAAAGUAAUAGCACGUAUUACACUUAUGUUAAAAGCGAUGGCUAUUCGACCAUAAGAAAUCGCUUUAAUGGAAAUGAUAACCUUUCUGAAGACAAUGGCAAUAAAUUCAAGGAUGAACUCUUGGAAGUUAGAAAAAUUUGCGAGAAGAAUCAUCAGCUAAUACAGGAUCUUGUUAUCGCUCUUGCUAUGGAUAAGAAAUAUAAUAAAGAACAACAAGAGGAUGAGAAUCAUUAAAGAGGGAGGGGAACGAUUAGAUUAGAUCGAAUCCGUGAUCAACGAGAGAGAGAGAGAGAGAGGAGAUAUUAAUUGGAUAAUUAAUUUCUUCUAACUCGUUAAGAUUCUAAUCAACAACGAUCGGGAUGUUUAUCAAACUUCGUCUUUUCUUUUUGUUUUUCCUUUUAUUUAUUUAUUUUCCUUUUUUUCUUUUUUUUUUUUCUUUUUUUUCCUUCUUUUGCUAAUAUGUGUUACUUUUAAAUCAUGGACUUCCUAUCACUGUGCGUAAUGAAACAAAAAAUUUCAUUAACCAUUAUAGUCUUAUGUAUCAUAUUGGGUAUCUCGCGGUGUAUAAAUUUUUUUUUUCCUCUUUCUUUUUUCUUUGUUUAAAUCUUUUUAUAGUCCAUGACAAAUUAUCAAGGAUGCCAAAUUUUGACAACUAGUCAAUGUACAACUGUUAAAAUAUAUUUGAUUAAAUGGCGCACGAGAAAAAAU